AUGCUCGCAGGACAAAGGUUGUGGCAAGCGCUGCUUUUGCCAGUGAAUGCAGUCUUGAGGUAUCCUGAUGGUGCCUUUGAAGCGCGAUACCCGCUUCACAUCGAGGAAUGUGCGCUGCCAGGAGAAGAAUUGGGCAUUGAAAGCCAAGGUUGCCUGGGGCGCUUGCGCAAACACUUGUUGGAGGAUGCUGAUUGCAGCCGCGUGAUAUGUGACAAUAUCGCCACCUCAACUCCAGUUGAGGUCUACGCAAAUGAAAGUGAUUGGGCACCCUUCAAGAACCUCUGCGGCCACUUGCAGGAGUUGUUCCUUGGCUUGUUUGACCUGGGAGUCCGACUUCUUGGCGAAUCCAUAGCGGAGGAGCAUGUUCUGGAGCUACAGCAACUUUGGGAGGUCUUCUCCGCAGCACAUGGCUUUUCGCCGCCUGAUCUGCCGGAUUCUCCUGCGUAUGCCAACAGCACACGAGCUGUUCUGCGACGGCAUGGUGCUGUUGCCUUGCGCCUCUUCUCGGAGGUACUGGAGGAUACUGGACGAUGGCGUGCUGAUCAUCUCCUGGAGCUGGCCACGCAGCUGGCUCGGCGCCUUCAGCUGUUGAUCGAGAACGUGUCAGUCACCCUGCUGCUCAACUUUCACAUUGCUCAGCUGGAGCACAAUGGACAGGCCGUUGGCCGCGAUUUGGUCAAGGAAAUGUACGGAGAUGCCAACUCUUUGAGGAUCGUAUUUCAUGAGAUCCCAGGGAAACGAUGGGAUGCCUUGAUGCACUUGUUGGAUAAGCUGGGUGUGUCGACAACUGCCGUUCGAAUGGCAGAGGUGGGCGUGGAGGCUGCCAACACCAGCCAAAGAUUGCUGGAACGAAACCCCCUGCUGUCCUACAUAGGAGUGGAUCCCUACAGGAACAACGAUAAUCUCUAUGCUGACGUGCUACACCGCCUGUCAUUCUUUAUCGAGUCAGGUCGCUUCACACUGCACCGCAACAUCUCCCUCAAUGCAGCACUGCAAGUCGCAGAUGAGUCCUUGGACAUCGUGUUCCUGGAUGCUCGCCAUGAUUUUGAGGCGGUUGUGGAUGACGUGGCUGCGUGGAAGCCAAAGGUUCGACAAGGAGGAAUUUUAUCAGGCCAUGAUUUCAGCUGGAUGUUUCCCACGGUGGCGAUGGCGGUCUUCAAGGAGACCUUCAAUGCUCCAGAUCGCACCAUGCAUCUGGCGCCAGAUGGUGUCUGGUGGCUGCAGCUCUGA